CAGCGUGUGUCAGUGGUGUCAGGGGACUGCGUCUACCAUUCGUUGCACGGCGUGUGCGUGCGUUGAAGCACGUGUAAAAAGAGCAGAUAGCUAGUGUGUGAGUUUUGUGGAGCUUCGAUUGCCUUGGAUUGACCACCGUUACGUAUGUACGCAGUUGGAGGUGAUUUGCUCAUUUUCUUUUAUACCAACAUUUAAUACAGAGGUUAAGGUCUGCUCAACGGUAGUGAUAAGGACGAGGAGUUAAGAGUCGAUGUUUCGCGUAAUAACAAUCGUGUAAAGACGUGAUGUCGUCGUUUACAUUCGGUCAAAAAAUAUUCACCCCAACGCCGCCCGAGAAGGGUAGCUUUCCAUUGGAUCACGAAGGCAAAUGCAAGCGGGUUAUGGUUGACUACAUGCGUUGCCUCAGAGACAACAAGGGUAACAACACAAUCUGCAGAGACGUCGCUAGAGAUUACCUUGGCUGUAGAAUGGACAACAAUCUUAUGGCUAAAGAGGAAUGGUCAAAGCUGGGUUUCGGUGACGAAAACAAAAAGGAAACAUAACC